AUGGGUUUGUUGUCUUCCGUCAACAUUACCUUUUUCCGAGUGGGAUUUUUGGCAUUCCUGGCCUUUGCAUGUCUUAAAGAUGUGAACAUCAUUUUGUCAAAUGCGUCGUUUCUGAUGUUCACAAAGGCAAUGAAUCUUCCGGCUCUCGUGAUGCCCUCUUACAGUGCGCAAUUGGGUCUAUUCGCUGUGGUUUUCAGCUUAAUGGCUCUACAAGAUUUUAUUCCACUAUUGGAGCGGAAUACAACUUAUUUUGAGUCAAUUGUAUCCCUCAGGCUGUUUUUCUUCUUUGCUAUAACCGCCUAUGGGUAUUGUGUAUCUGGAAACUUGUUCCUUCACAACAAUGCCGUGGUCAUCUAUGGUGCUUGCGAAAUAUGGAUAAACUUUCUCAUCUUCACAGCUCUAAGGGACGAAAAAAAUGAGAGGUUUAAAGUUGCCAACCGAGUGGUUCUGGAAGACGAACCUGAGGUCCUGGAACCAUUGACAGAGCAGGAAGGUGCAGAAUUAGAUGCAAGAGCCGAGGAACUCGGCAGUUCUUCUGACGAGGAAUAG